AUGGCGCAGCCAGGGGUGGCCGAGGUAGCUGGGCCUACCACCCACGACUCGGUCAAAGUCGAGCAUCAGCCGUCGCCCGCGAUGCAGCCUCUCCAAGCGCCGCCGCAACACCAGGCUCAGCCACAGCCUGCCGAUCAGUCUAUCGCUGUCGCCGUCGCGAACAAGAGGAAACGCGAUGAGGAUGCCGAGGGUGGACCUGUUACAGAAGGCGACAAGGCUCCCAAUGGCACGCCUGCACCUGUCGUGAAUGGAGGUGUUCAGCAACUGAAGAAUACCAAGGAGGAGAUUGAGACCUUUGUGAAGUUCCUCCAAAAAUACGACCUCGACCCUUCUAUCUUUACCACAACCAUACCCGCCCCCAAACCCGAUGACGUGCACCUGGCCAAGCGCGCCAGAUCGGAAGACUCGGCGCCCGCGUCUGAAACCAUAUCAGAAAAGGUCUCGCGUGGAGAAUACGCCAGUAUUGUGGAGUUAUCAAAGGAUGUAGCCUUAGUCGCUCGAUCUCGAGUCACAGGCUCGCCUUCUCCUAACCAGGUGCAAGCCAUUGUGCUCCUCCAUGAUCAAUGCCAAAAGUACUGCAAGCGAGAAAUUGCGUAUCCCCAGGCUCGACCUAUUGCAGUGUCCCACCCAGCCAAGCAAACCGUCUUGACCGUUCCAUACCCUGGCCGGAAUGAGAAACAAGUUAUUCUUUUCUCAAGCCCUAUUCCCACGGCUUCGUCGUCGGACAGGACGGAUGCUUUCGUCAGCCGACUUCCACCUGGCGUCAAGUCCACCGUCAUGGUCGGAGGCUUGAGCGAAGCCGAGCUCAACGCCGCGGAUUCGACCACUAAGUCUCUUGGCGAUACUCUCCCCGCCCCGAAGAACCGCGUGCCGCUCCUACCAUCAGCGACUAAGCAGGCGCAGGCCAAACUCAAUAUCAAGGAGAACGUUCUGGGUUUUCAACAGCCCAAGUUCGAGAAUUCCUGGACGAAAUGGCCUAAUGCGUAUCCCAACCAGCCACUCUCUGUGGGCCAUUACCUUGAUUACACCAAAGCAACGGCAGAGUCACCGGUCAAGACGAAACAGAGGGAGAGGGCGCAGAGCCUUGCAGGACACAAGCCUUCAACUUCGGAACUUGAAAUGUCCGAAAUGGAGUCCCUUUUCCGCACCGCCUUUUCUAGCUUCUCUCCGUCGAGAGAUGAUUCCGGCGCCGUGAUCCCCUCGAGCCUUGCUGGUCGGAUCUGGUGGCAACAAAAGGGGCAAUUCGACUUUUACGAUCUGAUCCCUGCUAGAUAUUGGCCAAAGCAGGAUGAGGGCGACGAAGCUGUCGAAGAGGGUGGUAAGGUUGUCGACAAAGCAGCGGAAAUUGAGAUUGAUCCCGCGUUGAUUGAGUCUAUCAUCGAUGAAAUGAAGGAUGGCGAUGUCGCACCCGGUGUUGUUGGACCGCCUCCCUCGACGACCAAGACCGCUGAGGAGCAGGACGUAGAGGACCUAUUGCGGGAAGUCGACGAUCUCAUUCUUACGCUCGCAUCAUUCCAGCACAUCCGGAAUAUUAGCAAGUCGGUGACGUCGACGAACCGCUUGGCCGUUGGCGAGCCCGAUAUGCUCACGAAUAGCCAACUCCCUCCGCCAUCAGAUGAGGAGCUGGCGAUUUACGAGACUCUGAAAUCCCUCCUCGCUUCCAUCGUCAGGAGUUUACCUCCCUACGCAGUUGCGAAGCUAGACGGCGACCAACUUAAUGACUUGCUCAUUAGCCACAGGGUCCCUGUUGAGCUGGAGGAGUACCACGGCAUCAUGGCUGAGGACGAGGCUGCGGCUCAGGAGCGCCUUCGUCAAGAAGUCCAGCACAAGAUGCAGCAACAACAGCAGCAACAGCAGCAGCAGCUUCAACAACAGCAACAGAAGAUGCAGCAGCAGGCCGCUAGUGCUAGCCGUGCUCCCGCCCACCGAGCGGCUCAUACCCCAGCUCCGUAUGGCACCCCAUACCAUCCCAAUAACCCCCAGUUCUCCCCUCAUCCACAAUCGCGGACGCCCGUACAGCCCCCUCAGUAUUACAGGUCUGCUUCCGGCCACCCUGUGCCCACCCCACAAGCUCAAGCCGCCGCGCGUCCUGCACCGCCCCCGCACCCGUCGCCAUCCCAGCACCACCUUCAACCCCAGAGGGCGAUGAGCCAGCAGUAUCGCCCCAACGGCUACACUGCCCCGUUUGCGCCACAACUGGCCAAGACGCAAACGCCUUAUGGCCAUCAGGGAAUGCAACAGUAUGCUCCUAACCAGCAGCGGCCACCUCAGCCCAACCCCGCAGCAUACGCCGGUGCUCCCCAGCAUCGAAGCCCCAAUGCGACGUUUGCGACUCCUUACCAGCAAGCUCAACCAUACGCAGCCCAGCAGCAGGUGGCCCGAGGCGCAGUCCCGGCGUAUGCCAACUACCCCAAUGGCGCGGUCCCGCAGCGUACCGCAUCCCCUCACGUCCCCCACCAGCCGCAGGGCUACGUCCCUAACGCUUAUCCCCAACAUCAGGCCCAACCGCAGCCCCAGCGAUACGGAACACCCGUUCAGCACGCGAUGCCACCGAAUGCUCACCGCUCCCCGAUGCCCCGUGCCGCUAGCCUCUCCGGAACGCCGCACAUGCCAAGCGCGGUUGGCACAGCUCCUGGCCUCACGGGCUAUCACACGGUGAUGCCCGAGAGUCAGCAACAACGCAUGAUGGAGCAAGCCAGGGUUCGAGCGGCAGCACGGGACGGCACUUCUGGUGCUUACGCCUCUCCCAUCGCAGGUCUUGCCGGGAUUGGACUGGGAGUCGCUCAGGGUGUGAACCGAUCUCCGGCGCCGGCGCCCGUGCGGCCCAACAUGCCGGGUGCGCCUCUUCAGCCCGUUCCGGGCGCUGCUAUGCAGCGAGGAAUGCUCAAUGGCGGGGCGCAAGGCUCGCCGAGCCUCCAGCCGCAGAUCCCAGCCAAGGUGUCGCCUGUACCCGUGCCGGUUAUCCCGUCCGCCCAACGCCCUCCGUCUACGCAGCCCGGACAACAAGUCGACCGGCGACAGAGCCAGACUCCGCAGCCGGCCCUCCCACCAUCUCUUCCGCAGACAGACGGCCCUGGUGAUGCGAGCGAUCGAGUACAGACCCCACAAGCCAAAUUUGAACUUACUGCUGCUGAGAUGGAGGGGUUGUAUGCGAAACCAACCGGGUUAAGCCCGCUUGUCUACUAUACGGUUCAUAAUUCCGACCGUACAGGCCGGGUGUGGGUCCUGGAUGCCUUUCCUCGUCCAAAGGCCGAAUCUCUGCUUGGUGAAUUGUGGGAGCCGUCCGCUCCCGAGCAGAGGGCGUUCUGCCGGGCGGAUACACUUCCGCCCAUUCCGGCUAUUAGUGGCAGCCACACUAGUCUAGCAGGCCGACGUGCUCUUCUUGCCUCGAAAACCAGCAAGGUCUUGGCGGGAUCAACAAGCGCAGGGACCGGGGAAGGCAGCAGCACGGCGCCCAGAGCUUCUGCUCGUAACGAGGCAACGAAUCUUGCACAUCGGGAUCCUGCUACGAAUCCAACGCCCCAGGCUCAGGCUUGGCUUCAGGCUUGGGCUCAGGCUUGGACUCAGGCUUGGACUCAGACUCAGGGUCGGGCUCAGGCUCCAGCUCGCGUCACCGCAACUCACGGGGCCAACGCAACGACCCAGCCGGGCUUCGGGAAGGGGAAGGCUUCGAUCGGCUCAGACGAGCGCCGGGCUGACUUUGAGGCCUUUGACGCGGCGAUAGCGAGCGUCUUGCCUCUCUGUAGUAGGCUUCCACCGGCGCCUCAGACUGCACCGCUGUUGACGACCAAAUCCGCAGUUCAGACUGCACCACUCCCGACGACCCAAACCGAGCAACCGUCUGGCGGGGACGCUACCGGCUCAUCCAGCCAGGAGAGCCCUCAAACAUCGUUGCUGACGUCCCCGAGACGCCAACCUGCGGCUCCGGUUGCUAAACCAGACGAUCAGAAGAAGACCAGGACACCACUCCCGACUUCCCCUCGACGCAAGCACCCGGCGUCGUCCCUUGCCACCGAGGCUAAGCCAAAGGCUCGGACACCACUUCCUCGUGGUCCCAGGCAGAAGUCCUCUUCGGGGAGCAAACGCAAGCAGAAUAAGAAUGAGGAACCUGAGCCUCAGGAAUCACGAAAGGAUGAUGGUCAAGGUCUUCGUAGGAGCAAGAGACUACGAAAGUGA